AUGGGUCUGUGGGCAUGGGGCUUCGAGAUUCAGAUCCUUGCACAAUGUCCCUCCCGAGACUUCACACUUGGACUCAUGGAGCUGCAAGAAUUAUACAAAUCAGCUGAGAAUUUUAAUAACAAGAGCAAGAAAUCAAAUUUCCAAAAAAUCUGUGGCAUCUCGUUUGAGGAAGCUCGGCAACUCCUUAGGAAAGACCUGAAUGCCAUAUCUUUUGGCAGCCGUUAUGCUGUGAGAAAAGAUGAGCCCCUCCCUGCCAUCCAGAGCCAAGUUAACGAGGAGGAGGAGGAGCCCAUGUCCAUGGCAGAUCUACUUCACUACAGCCUGUUGACAGGCUUCCUGGUCCCACUGGAACAGUUAUCCAGGUCCCAGCAGAGACUGGCCCAGGCCGGCAUCCCUCCUCCCAGGCACUCCUUCCCUUACGCUUUCAGGACAGAUGAGCCCAUAGCUACUCCAACACCCUCCUUUAGGAAGAGGAUUCAAAGUGCCACGUUUCACAAACUUCUCCUGUCUUCUGUUGCCCCGGAUAGGCUGGUCUUUGAAGAUAAAUCAAUGCGAUUCUUCUCCACAGAGCCAGGAAAGCAGUUCAUGGACCUGGUGGACCUGGAGUGGAGGUACUUCAAAGGGCUUGCUAGGUGGGGACGUGUGCCCACUCGGUUUUCAUUCAUGGACAUACAAUUCAACACUGAGAAGAGAUUUGUAGAGAGCCAAGGCAUGCCUGGGCUUAUUUUUCCUCCUCUAGUUUGUAAGUCUUUGGUGAUUUAUCCUCAAAUUCACUAUCAUAAAGAGGGACAUUAUUCUCUUAAAUGGAAUGUAUAG